AUGGGUUCAUUUUUAAUCUCUCUGACCUUCACCAUCUGUAUUCUAAUCUCCACAUGCCCGUUAACAUCAUCAACCACAGAUACAUCUACAAUUUCAUCAAUCUACGAUCUUCUCCACUCCCACGGUCUCCCAAUCGGUCUCCUUCCAAAAGGUGUGACUAAUUUUACGAUAGACCCAUCCACAGGCCAUUUUGAGGUGUAUUUGGACAGCAUUUGCGACACCAAUUUCGAAUCCCACGUCCGUUUUAAUUUGAAUGUCUCCGGCACCCUAAGGUUUGGUGAAAUUGCGGAAUUGUCCGGUGUCGCUGCGGAAGACCUGUUUCUUUGGUUCCCUGUGAAGGGUAUUAGGGUGGAUAUUCCUAGUUCCGGGUUGAUUUACUUUGAUGUAGGUGUUGUGUUCAAGCAAUUCUCUCUCUCAUCGUUUGAGACUCCGAGGGAUUGUAUUGUGCUGGGUCUGGAUUCGCCACAACUUGAUCUGUUUCUGUUCAAUGAUCAUGGCCGAAUUGUUGAG